AUGGCGGAGGCCCACACGACGUGCGCAAUGAGCAAGCGGAUCAUCGUGUGCUGCGAUGGAUCCUGGAUGGAUUCCCUGGGAUCAAAAGGAGGCCUGCCACAGUCAAACGUCUCCCGCAUCUCGCGGGUCAUUAAAAGGACAGGUCAUGACAACACCCACCAGCUCAUACUCUAUGAUCCUGGCGUCGGCACCGGCGUGCUCAAGAUUGACCAGUUGACCGGCGGCGGUUUCGGGAUGGGCCUGGCCGAAAACGUUCGGGAAUGCUACAACUUUAUCUGCUCAAACUACGUCGAUGGCGACGACAUCAUCCUCAUCGGAUUUUCGCGAGGCGCUUUCACGGCAAGGUCCAUCGCCGACAUGAUCGCCACUAUCGGCCUCCUCACCCCGGCCGGGCUGGACUACUUCUACAAAAUAUUCGAGGACUACCAGAAUCUCGGCAACGCGUCCAGGAGCCCGAGCGAGUACAUGUGGGCGGGCCCUGCCUACGACAGCAAGAAGUACAAGGCCAAGGGUGACUGGGUUGCGGAGAGGAAGGAUGGUUACAGGACCUUUUUGAAGGAACGCGAGAUGACGCGCGACACCUUCGCCGACUCGUCGGGCCGCGCCAUCACCAUCAAGGCGCUAGCCGUGUGGGACACGGUAGGCGCGCUCGGCAUCCCGCCCGUGUCGGCGCUUGGCCUGCGGGGGUCCGCGAAGCAGUGGAAGUUUAGCGGCACCGCCAUCUCCCCCAGGGUCGAGUACGCCUUCCAGGCCCUAGCCCUCGACGAGCCCAGAGAUGCGUUCAAGCCAGCCCUUUGGGAGCGCCGCUCGGAUAACAACAAGACCAAGCUGAAGCAGGUGUGGUUCCCUGGAAACCAUGGCGGUGUUGGCGGCGGCUGGUGGGAUCAACAGAUAGCCGACAUCACCCUCACUUGGAUGUGCGACCAGCUGUCCACUAUCGGCGUCGAGUUCAACCUUACCCGCAUGACGCAGGUCUUGGAGGGCAGUAUGUACUACUCGGCAGCCCACCCCUUUCCCUUUGUUCCCAACUGGGCCGACACCGUGAAACUGCCGACUAGUGUUGCGUCAUGGUGGGCAGGCGCUCCCAAGCCUUGGGCAAAAGACCCCGUCUUCGCCAGCCAGAAGCCCCUCCCCAAGAGGGACACGGGCGACUGCAACGACGAGUGCAAGACGCGCAAGCACGUCAAGCCCGACGACCCCGAGGUGAAGAGACAGGCCGCCCUCGCGGUCGCGCGGCCGUGGGCCCUCGGCCAGACGCGGUACCCGAGCCGCGUCCAGAGCGCCUUCGGCCACAGCAACCGGCACCCGGGCCUCUUCACCCGCACCGACCCGGACAGCAACAAGCCGCUCAACGAGCCGCUCGUCAACACUUCGGAGCGCAUCCACAGCUCCGUCCGGGUCCGGCUCGCGUGUCAGGGUCUGGCCAUGGACGACGCCGAGGUCUGGAAGUGCGAAGCGCUCGUCGGCGCCGACGGCGAGAAGAUACAGGGCAACAGGAUCGCCCAGCCCCUCUGGCGGCUCGAGCGGGGCGACGCCCUGGACCAGACCGAGCGGCAGGAGCUCGAGUCCUUCAGACCCAGCGAGCUGGGCCUUGACGAGUACACGCCGGCCCAGCUGUACGACGUCGAGGAGAAGGACAGCCUCUUCCGCUGGGCUUACGCCAACGACGGGAACAUCAAGAACCCGGGAGAGGCUAAUCAGCUGCCGCAGUUCAAGGUCCUUCCGGAGGAGCCCCUGGUGGGUUUCUGGGAGAGGUACCUGCUCAAGAUGACGACUGGCAAGCAAGAUGUUUGGCGUUAUGCCGAGCAGAAUUCCGGCUGCUGA